AUGCCUCUCGUUGUACCAGGUGUCACCACUGCCAUGGGCGAUAAGACUGACUGGGUCAACAAACUGAUGGGAAAGAAGAUCGGUGAUUCUCACAGCGAUGAGACGGUGUUCGCGAAGAAAGAUCUCCCUCAGUCCCACCGUGUGUUGAAGCCAGGUGAUAUGAAAACAAUGGAUCACCAACCCGAGAGGCUUAACAUUCAUCUUGGAGAUGAUGACACUGUUCGGGAUGUGACGUAUGGCUAG